UAAUUUUUCUCCCUUAGUUUUGUAUUGUAAUUCAUUAAUUACAUUUUGUCUUUCAGAAAUAUUAGUAAUAUCUUAGUAUAUUAGUAAUAUUAGAAAUAUUGGUAGCACCUUUAAUUGAUAAAAAUUCUUAAAGUUAUAUGCGCAUAAUUUUUUAAAAUUUAUACUCUGCUGCUGUAUGAUGCGAGAUUCGAAAAUAGUUUACAUAUCGAAGUGUUGAUUUGUUGCGGUACUCACUUAAAACGUUUAGUGUUUCUUUUAAGUAGUGCCGCUAAACGGGAUCUAGACUGUCUUACAUUCAGUUAGCUCAAUAGAGGCUUUCCUUGAAAUCAAAGCUCAUGCAGUUUGUACUGGGAGUGCAAAAAUGAUCCAGCCAGAAAAGGGUGCCCUCACCCAUAUCAUAGUUUUAAAUUUGUCAAAGCUUGGCAAGCAACACUUGUGCACAUUUUUUAUGAGUAAAUCAUAUUUAUGUUCUAAGUCAAAUGAAACUUUUUUUUUUUGUUUUGUUUAUUAAGGUUGUUAUGGAGCAACAACUGAUAAAAAUGAAACAGAGCAUCAAACACAUGAUAAAAACAACGGAGAUGGACAUUCAGCUUAAUCGACCACGAGCCAUCAGAGACAAGGGUGCCGCUGAGUGGCUUCGCCUACUUGAAAAUGAAAGUAGGUUUUACAAAGCAUUGGAUGCCCAUGUUACAAGGGGCACCGUUAUUGAUAUAGCUGAAAUGGAAGAAAUUAAAGCAGUCCACAUCGCAGUGAGGUCUUCAGAACGUGUAUACGUCCAAUUUUGUUUAAGUCUAGGUUUAGAUCCUGUCAGCGUGGACUCAGAAGGCCAGACUGCUUUGCACAUAGCUUGCACAAAGGAGUCCUUGGGUAAUAUUAAAAUUCCUAUUCAUAUAUUUGAUUUCGCUGAAUUAUGAAUUUAGUAAGUUCCAGUUAGAAACCAAAUCUAAUGUUAUUUCUCAUUAGAUUUGAAUUCUAACAGGAAUUAUUGCACAUUACACUUGGUUUCUUACAGGAAUUGUUUCACAUUAGAUCUGACUUCCAUCUAUGCAGUCAAAAGGAUAAACACAUCUACUGUUCUUGUCAUAAAAUAUUGUUAGGUCAAAUCUAAAUUUAUGCUGAACAUGUUUGAGUAUUCUUUCACAUUGUGCAGUGAAACUGAGCUGAAUGCACUGAGAUUUUACUGGACAUCUUAAGCACAGUAUUUACUUUCGAUUCCUCCCCUUUCAAUCAAUAUUACUACUUAAAAAUUGAAAGAGAAAAACGACGCAGUGUAUGCAGUUUUUGAGAAAAGCAGCAGUGGCGGCUCGUAGCUAAAAUGAGUGGGGGUGCUGUU